GCAAGACAAGGAGGCAUCUAUAAGACCCAGGAAUUGUUUUCUGUAGGCUUCUCAGAAACAAUAACAGCCAUGUCACAUGCAGUAAAAGUCAAGGUAAUUACAGUAUUAUUAUACCUUAUGCCCUUAUUUUAAAUACCCCUCCCACCUUCUGGCUGGAUAAAACCCUAUAUACUUCCACUUCUAAAUGUAUCUGAUGGAGGGAGCUUUGACUUUCAAAAGGCCUGGAAAUCUAGUUGGACUUUAAGGUGCUGCUGGACUUGCCUCUUGCUCUUAAUCUCCGACACGGGUGACAGGACCACGAUUGGUUCUGUUUCACGUGGGCCUUUGCUGGUGGGUGUGAGUGAGGAGGGCGCAGAAGUGAGACCUUCUGUUCCUUCCCCUUUGUUUUAUUUGAAACACAAGCUUCUCUUCAAGGCAGUUAAGUUGCUCGAAGUUGUUGGCUUGUGUGAAUGUUGCAGUGGCUCACUUUUCUGGGGUAGCUUUACUCACUUUAAAAGAGAGAGGUGGUGGUGGUGGUCCCAAAUCUCUACUGUUGUACUGAGAUGAACUGUUGGAUGUCUUCAAAAUGCACAUAUGGGAAGAACCGGAAACGCAGUCCUUCUGCUGGCACUGAAAGAUCUUAGCCAGUGGAUCAAAAGGCUUUUCUUGCCAUGUGGGUUUUUGAGUCCUCGGACUUAAAAGUCUAUGCUUCUUUCACAAGUAGGUGGAACUCUUGAGCCGAGUAGAUUUUCCUUUGAGUGGCAGGUGAGUCUGGUAGAAGGUAGUUUGUUACCCCAAGUAAGAUAUGCCCAUGCCCUCCUGGGAAUUGCCAGAGGGGCUUGUCUUGCACCCAGCUGGUGGUAAUACGUGCCUGGAAGGUGCUGCUGGCCACCUGCAGUGCCCCAUGGUGAGCAGACUGAAGUCCUGUCGUGUCUCAGCACCCUCUUCCCUGGGCCACUCCAGCUACUCAUUUGGACUUCUUUCCCCAGAUACCAGCCUUAGAGAUGGAUUUCAGAAGACAACCUCAUUUGUCUUUAGCAGCGCAAAGGCAAUGGGAUGCUGCAAAACCACAGAGACAAGCUCCUUCGUUGUAGAGAAUUGCCUGCUUUGUGCAUGUUGUAGUUUUCUUGUUGCGUUUACAUUUUUUGUCAUCUUGUGUAGUAACUGAUAAACAAGAUGGAUGAGAGAUUUCUUGCAUGCCAGGCCAUAAGAGGAAAGAUGUUUGUGUGAAGAUACUGCAUCUUCUCUGAGCCGCUGAGUCUGAUAUUCUGCGGAGAGUGCCUGCAGCCCUGCCUCCAAGUACCGUCUCCUCUCUGCCCGCUCUGCCGCAUGCCCUUUGACCCCAAGAAAGUGGAGAAGGCCUCCAGUGUGGACAAGCAACUCUCAUCCUACAAGGCCCCCUGCCGAGGCUGCGCCAAGAAGGUGACCCUAGCUAAAAUGCGGUCGCACGUCACAUCCUGUGCCAAGGUUCAGGAACAGAUGGCCAACUGUCCAAAGUUCGUUCCAGUCGUCCCAACUUCGCAGCCCAUUCCCAGCAAUAUCCCAAACCGAUCCACGUUUGUGUGCCCCUAUUGCGGAGCGCGGAACCUGGACCAGCAGGAGCUGGUAAAGCACUGCAUGGAAAACCACCGUAAUGACCCCAACAAAGUGGUCUGUCCUGUCUGCUCAGCCAUGCCUUGGGGCGACCCCAGCUAUAAGAGUGCCAACUUCCUCCAGCAUCUUCUCCAUCGACACAAGUUCUCCUACGACACGUUCGUGGAUUACAGCAUCGACGAAGAAGCGGCCCUGCAAGCAGCGCUGGCCCUUUCCCUCUCGGAGAACUGAAGGCUGCUGCCCAGCGGCAGCGUGGAACAAUGGCAGGGCCCUUCCCACAGGCCCCUUCCCUCCCAGCAGGGGGUCACAGCGCUCGUCCUUUCCUCAGCCUCAGGCUACCAGUAGGCAGCCCAUGUCCUCGGCUUCGAGCCUUCCUUCGUCUUUCAGAGCUGAGAGGUGAGCGAACCCACUGCGUUGGCCGGCUGGACAGGGGCAGCCCAGGAGUCGCCACACCACCCGGUCGGUGCUUUUGGGUGGAUGUUCCAUAUCUACAUACGGAGGGUAUAUUUUGUUAGGAUGCUUUUAACAAGACUUUUGCGCCAUCGGCCUGUGUUCCAUUUGCGGUUUACAUAGCAACAAUGCAUUUUGUGGAGAAGUAUCUAGAUUUCUUUCUUUUUUUAAUCAACUGUGUGUUAUCUCAUGUGGGUUUUUUAACUUUAAAAAAGAGCAUGGGACAUUGACAUUUUAUAAAAAUAAUUUCUGUGUCCUUGGCCCGCUGUUGGCCCAAGGCAAAGAGCAGUACCGGGAUAAACCCCUGGGUGGAGAUGCCGAUGGAGCAUUCCAGGGGGGAAAAAAAAACCUCCAAGAAGAGGACUGCGAGCUCUCUUCUCUUCCCCCGCUUUCCCCACCUGGCCUUGCUCAUUUUGUACUGGCUUUUGUGAUACUCUAGAAGUUCUUGCAGUUUUUUUUCUACAUCUCUCAACGUGAUAAUAUCCUUUUCACAUUUUAUAGAGAAAGAAAAACAAAGCAGUUAACUCUUGAUAUUGCAAUAUCCGUGUUUGACUAGGAACAAUAGUAUUUUUAUGGGACAUUAUUUUUUAAAGUAUAUUUUUUAAAGAAAAAAUAGCAUGGGUUCAAGAACUUCAGUAUGGUCAGGGGGGGUAUGCUGGGACCUGAAACAGGAGAGGAGAGGGCUUCCUUUAACACCCCACCGAUGGAACUCUGGUUGUGUUUUUAUUGUUUGGGGGUGGUUGUUUCCUUUCCCUUAAGGACAAAAGAAAGGUCUUUGUGGAACUGACUUUUUCUGAGAUUCUUUUUCUCCACCUAAUAAUUGUUUCUUUUUAGAAGCUAGAGAGAUGUGAGGCCAUUUCAGGUGGUCAUAUGCUCUGUUAGACCACUGCCACGAGGUGUGUUGUCCAGGUAUUACACCAUUGGGCCAGUGGCUCUUGAAUAGACUUGACAGGAAUAAAAACUGUGAAUAAGUUGC